GCCGCGCCAUGGGCUGCCGCUGCCCCCGGCUCCUUGCCGGGCCCCUCGUCCUCCUCCUCGCCGGGCUCCUGGAGCUCGAGGCGGUCUCUGCCUUCUCCGAAGCCGCGAUGGGCACCGCCAGCGCCGAGCCCGGCAGCUCAGGGACUCUGCAGCCGCCGAGCGGGACCCCCUUAGAGGAGACCCGGCUCCAUGUCUUCACCUUGGACUAUCCACACGUGCAGAUCCCCUUCGAGAUCACGCUCUGGAUCCUGCUGGCUUCCCUGGCCAAGAUCGGCUUUCAUCUCUAUUACAAGUUGCCUUCCAUCGUGCCUGAGAGCUGCCUCCUUAUUCUGGUUGGAUUACUACUGGGUGGAAUUAUUUUUGGAGCCGAGGAAAAGUCCCCACCUGUAAUGAAGAGUGAUGUUUUUUUCUUGUAUCUCCUUCCACCGAUUGUACUCGAUGCUGGGUAUUUCAUGCCAACUCGUCUGUUCUUUGAGAACUUUGGUACUAUAUUUUGGUAUGCGGUAGUGGGCACACUCUGGAAUUCUAUUGGCAUUGGGCUUUCCCUCUUUGCAAUUUGCCAGAUUGAAAUAUUUGGCUUGACCGAUAUCACUUUGCUGCAGAGCCUGCUCUUUGGCAGCUUAAUUUCAGCUGUGGAUCCUGUGGCAGUGCUGGCUGUUUUUGAAAAUAUUCAUGUCAAUGAACAGCUUUACAUCCUAGUGUUUGGAGAGUCUCUGUUGAAUGAUGCCAUAACGGUGGUUCUGUACAAUUUGUUCAAGACUUUCUGCCAGAUGCGCACAAUUGAGACCAUUGAUGUAUUUGCUGGAAUUGCUAAAUUCGUUGUGGUGGGGAUCGGUGGAGUGUUGAUUGGAAUCUUUUUGGGAUUUGUGGCAGCAUUUACAACCCGUUUCACCCAUAAAAUCCGAGUGAUUGAGCCACUUUUUGUCUUCCUCUACAGUUACUUGUCAUACAUAACAGCUGAAAUGUUUCACCUCUCAGGCAUUAUGGCUUUCGCUCAUCAUACUGCAGUCUCCUGGGAACCUUCCGCUAGUCAGGGAUCAGCAGAGCACACUAUGCUCCAGACUUGCCCCUCCAUUCUCCAUCGUGCCUGUCAUGGGGAGAGGGAAGAGCUGGAUUCCCCCUUACUGGGGAUAACAGCUUGUGCCAUGACCAUGAAUAAGUAUGUGGAGGAGAAUGUUUCCCAGAAGUCCUACACAACCAUAAAAUACUUCAUGAAGAUGCUGAGCAGUGUCAGUGAGACCCUGAUCUUUAUUUUCAUGGGAGUGUCCACGGUUGGAAAAAACCAUGAAUGGAAUUGGGCCUUUGUUAGCUUCACCCUCCUCUUCUGUUUGAUCUGGCGUGCACUGGGUGUUUUUGUUUUGACUCAGAUCAUUAACAUGUUCCGGACAAUUCCUCUAACUUUUAAGGACCAGUUCAUUAUUGCCUAUGGAGGUCUCCGAGGAGCCAUCUGUUUUUCUCUUGUAUUUCUGCUUCCUGUUGCUGUGAUCCCCAGAAAGAAAUUGUUCAUUACUGCUACUAUUGUGGUGAUAUUCUUUACCGUUUUCAUUCAGGGAAUAACAAUUCGCCCACUGGUGGAGUUUCUUGAUGUUAAAAGAUCGAAUAAAAAACAGCCAGUAGUCAGUGAAGAAAUUUACAAUCGGUUCUUUGAUCAUGUGAAGACUGGAAUUGAAGAUGUGUGCGGACACUGGGGUCACAACUUUUGGAAAGAUAGGUUUAAAAAAUUUGACAAUAAAUUCCUGCGGAGACUUCUAAUCCGGGAGAACCAGCCCAAGUCCAGCAUUGUUUCCCUGUACAAGAAGCUGGAAAUCAAACACGCCAUUGAGAUGGCAGAAAGUGGGAUGAUAAGUACAGUCCCGUCCUCAGCUUCUCUCAAUGACUAUCUGGAAGAUAAAAUAAGGCCGCUUUCCCCUGCUGAAAUGGAUAAUAUGCGAGAAGUAUUAACAAAGAAUCUCUAUCAAAUACGACAUCGAACGCUGUCAUAUAACAGACACAGCCUGGCUGCAGAUGCAAAUGAAAAACAGGCCAAAGAAAUUCUUAUCCGUCGCCGACACAGCCUGCGGGAGAGUGUAAAGAAAACCCGCAGCCUGUCUAGGGACAGACCGGCUAUCACCAAAGCAACACGGUUUCUGUCCCUGCCUAAAGACGCUAGACUGCCAGAGAAAUUACGAAUAAGGAAUAAAACAUCUUUUAGAGUUGGAGGUGCUGACAGCAGUGACUCUGAAUUGGAGCUUCCUACCACAGUGCUCAAUUUAAAACCCAGAGCACAAAAAAUUUUGCAAGACCAGAGCCAGCAGCAGCCACUGCAGCAAUUUAGAAUGGAGUGGAGGAAUGAAGUUAAUGGAGACCAUGAGGGAAGGGUAGAUCGCAGAGAAAUGGACAAUGAAGCUCAAGCAUCCAGAGGGUUCAGGCAACCACUGCUAUCGAGACCAAGAUUUGGAACAGUGAGUGAAGAAAAUGUGACUGAAGAUGUUAGAUCAAUAAGACCAAAGCCACCACCACGAAUAGUCAGGUGGGCAUCAGAAGCUGAAAGGCAUAAAAAUAAAUCUCAGAAUCAGCCAUACUGAAAACAGCUGAAAUAGAACUAUCAAUGAUAAACUACAGAUUUAAAUUAGCAUUCUAAACCAUCUGACUGGACAAUAGGAUCUAUUUUAAAAACUUGGUCUGGAUCCUUUGGGUUGCAUGCCCAUAUCAUUAAUUAACUGGAUGAAAUACUACAACAAAUACUAAACCCAAGACACAAAAGAAAACAUCUUUUAUGAAUAACUUUUAGCAAUGCUGUGACAUGUUCUUUUAACCACUAAGGGGAAAAUGUGCCUUUUAUCACACUAUUAGCUCUGGAACCAAAUAACCCAAGUUUGAUAUUUAUUUAUCCAACUAAGAAUGUUUUAAAAACUCUUACAAUGAAGAGAACCUUUAAAAAUAUUCUAGUACAUUUAAGAUUUUAUUUAUGAUUUAAUUUUGCUUGUCUAGAUCAGAUUUUUAAUGUGAAUAGCACUUAAAAUUGCACUAUGCCCCUGUCCCAUAGACCUUGCAAGACAAAUACAUUUAUCACUGCAGAUUAUUGUUAGAAUGGCCAGUAUAGUAGGAUGUGGUUAGGAGUUGGGAAGGCUGGAACAGGGUCAGAAAAGGAGGACCUAGCUGCAGAAGCAGAUUCUGAAACACAUUCAGUUAAUGGAAAAUGGGCUGUAAAAUCAGGUGAAGGACACUAACUCCUGAGUUGUCCUGAUUCAUACUACCUGCAUUUUUACCUCAGCAUAUAACCAGUGAAAGGUGCCGAGCACCUUCAGUGCUAUGAUGAUUGCUCUCAACUUUCAUUCAUGUCAAUGUGAGUAGAUAGCACUCAGCACCUAUCAGGAUUGGGCUCUCAGAGGAGAAGUUGCAGGCACAUCAAAAGAAUUUGUUUGAAGAACUGGCUCCUGUGUCUGUUUGUGGCUGCUGUGGAAAUGUAGCAGAAUUGUUAUAACACUAGUCACAGGCUGAGGGUGGAUGGUGUCAUGGUGAGACAUGGAGUCAGAUUCAGGAAAUGUGGGUCCAGUUCUGAGUUUUGCUUGUGAAUUUGGGUGGCUCAUUUGGUCUCUAUAUCCCCUCAGAUAUUAUUCCUUCAUCUGUUUUGUCUUUAUCUAGAUUGUAAGCUCGGUGGGACAGGGACAAUCUCCUAUUUUUGUUUGUACUGCAUGUUGCACAAUGGGGCCUCAAUCUCAUUUAGAGCCACUAGACACUACAAUGAAUAAAAUAAAUAAAUACUACUAUUACUACUACUAAGACACUCAUGUCUUUCUCAUUUCAGGUUAGAGCCAUUUUAGUUUUAUUUAUGUUUGAGGAUUGGUGGGGUUUUUUGUUGUUGCAGUUACUGUAAUACUGUUCAGGUUAUGUGGAAUUCUUGUAUCUGUCAAAUGCAAAUUCUAAAUCAUGUGCAGAUGGAAACAUGAUCUUUUUAAAGGCUCACUCAAAGGCCCAUGUCAAGAUGAUGUUGAUUUUUGCAAAAAAAAUGGCCAUUUAGUUACUGUGGGAAUCAGUCACCUGUGCAUGACUAUCUUCUUCUCUUUCGC